GCGCCAUCGCCGCUUAGCACCACCCAGAUAGUCUGUAUAGCUCAGCCGUGAUGGAUCGGGUCAAAGGGCCGUGGAGCCCCGAGGAGGACGACGCCCUACGGGAGCUGGUCCGAACGCACGGCGCCCGGAACUGGUCCCUCAUCAGCCGCUCCAUCCCCGGCCGCUCCGGCAAGUCCUGCCGCCUCCGCUGGUGCAACCAGCUCUCCCCCGGGGUGGAACACCGUCCCUUCACCUCCGAGGAGGACGAGACCAUCCUCCGCGCCCACGCCCGCCUCGGCAACCGCUGGGCCUCCAUCGCCCGCCUCCUCUCCGGCCGCACCGACAACGCCAUCAAGAACCACUGGAACUCCACCCUCAAGCGCCGCUGGAAGAAGCGCCCCGCCCAGCCGGGCUCCGGCGCCGACCUCGGCAGUUCAUCCGGCUCCGACGACAGUGAUUCCAGCGUUGACUUCAUGUCCUCCCCGGUCCUUCCCCUCGCGGCUCCUCCGCCCGAGACGGUGCCGCCGGGGGCAGACGAUCCGCCGACAGUGCUCACAUUAUCGCUCCCGGGGUAUAGCUCAAAUCGGGCCAAGUCGGCUCCGCCCCGUACCGGGGGCCCAUUCAGCGAGGAGUUUAUGGCAGCAGUGCAGGAGGUGAUAAGGAAGGAGGUGAGGGAUUACAUGGCGGGAUUGGAGAGGAGUGGGGGAUUCGGGUUUCAUUCGCAGGAGGCGAUAAGUGAGGGGAUUAGGACCGCCGUGAUCGAUCGGAUGGGGUACAAUCGUAAUUUUACGACCAGGUCCGAUCGGGUUGAGAUAGGCAUGCUUGGACAGCAGUAGGAUCGAACUUUGUUCUUACCGGAUAAAGCUGGUGAGAGACCGAACAUGGUAGGAGACUAUGGUGAGAUGUGUUAAUAUUGGGGGAAAGCUGUUUUUCAUUUUCAUUUGGUAAAUGUAGAGAAGAAAGGAUAUUUCUUUUGGUAGGGGAAUAAAUUUGGGCAAUGUAAAGUGAGAGAGAUGGAUUUGAGGGAAGUUGGAAGGUUUUGAUUGACUGAGAUGGGCACAAGGGAUGAAAGGAAAAGCCGAAGGCUUGUCGGAAAAUUGAGAAAAUGGAAAGCAUGACACCGGACGAUGCCGUGAAAUUCAAACUCAGUUUUUGUUUCAGCGGUCAGUUUUUUU